CAUGACAUGUCAUCCACAUCCUUCAGUACUCAAUAUUUGAGAACAGCGUGUGAGAACUUCAAACAGAAAUACUUGUCUGUGUUUAGUUCAAAACUUUCUGCAGCUCAGCUAGACUUUAACAAAUCAUCCACACAGGUUUGUAAUGCAUUUGGUGAGAGAAAAAAUCUACAUACAGUUUGGUGGUUGGAUGCUCUCAAUCAUGCAGAACAGAACAAGGAUUCCACAGGUGAGCUGAUAAGAAAGAUUGAAGAGGCUGUCUCCGGAACUCUAAACAAUUCGAGAUCAUCAAGAAUUGCAUCACGUUUACGAAGCAUUACUGGUCUGAAGUACCACAUCCAAACUCAUUUAGAUCAAUUGGAAGCUUCUAGACAAACGUUACUUGAUCGAAUUUUGGAAAUUGAUCAAACAAUGGCGAAUCCAAAGGAAGAGGAUAUUGAACGUGUGAGACAUUGUCGAAUAUGCCAAGCUAUUGACAAUGGUCCCACAUGUGUUCAUUGUGAAUUGGAGGAAUCAUUUCAGGAAUAUGAGUCAAGGUUAUUUCGUCUUAACAAAUUACAUGGAGGCAUUACUACAUCUGCUGAAGAGGCAGUGAAUCUGCUAAAAAGGAACUCAGAGAGAAAUCGUUACUACUGGAAUUUAGAGCGCCAAACGAAAAAUUUACUGUCAUCUAGUGAUUUUAAUGAAGAAUCGAAGAAAAGAAAGACUGGAGAAACAGUGAUGAUUCCUCGUGGCCAUCUGUCAAUCACUACUAAAAACAGGGGUGUUAUUUUGUCUUGUAGAUUCAUCCCGUUCACCUAUAACUCAAGAACACAGGAUUUUACGACCCAAGGAGUAAAGAGGUUGUGUGACUAUGCCUCCAGUUUGGAAAACAACUUACUUGAAGAGAAUAUCCAGACUUCAGCAUCCAGUUCACGGCUAACAUUCUCAUCAAAGGCUGGGGCAUUGCCUGCUCCAUCAAGUGAACCAUCAACUCCUGCUUCGAUUGGAUCUCAAGAGGUUCAAAGGCCCCCUCGUAAUGCUGCAUCACCCUCAAGCCAGCAGAAGUAACGGGAUUUCAGGAGUGGCUGAGCUUGCUAGCGGCCUCGGGAUUUCUAAAGGUAUCCAUACAGAAGAAGAAACAAGUAAUAGAACGAGUUGGUUGAAACCUGCAUUUCUUAUGAGAACACGUAGCGCAACAAACAACACCAUGAUUGUA